AUGACAGAAGCAUUGAAGGAGACAGUCAGCUCAACUUGGACCGACGUCAAGCGUGGCCUUUCGAGCGCACCACCCAAUGAUGCCUACCUUGCCUGGGAUGCAGAAGGCGUUGAGACCAUCAAGCCAGAUGAGCAAGAGAAAGUACAGCGUAUCAAGGAGGUCAUGGCGCGUAUGCAAAAGCACAACUUUGAUCUCCACAGGAAAGCGUUCAGAGCGACGCAUGUCAAGACACAGGGUAUAGUCAAGGGUACCCUGCAAGUGCAUCCAGAUCUACCAGAGCAUCUCCGUCAAGGCAUUUUCGCAGAGCAAGGCAAGACAUACGACGUUGCCGCGAGAUAUGCAAACGAGCCUUAUCUUCUCCAACGUGAUCAGGAAAAUGGUCCUCGCGGUUUAGGUCUGAAAGUGUUUGGUGUCCCUGGACCUCGAUUGGAAGGCGUUGAUGACUCUGUCAACACUCAGGAUUUCUUCUUCAACAACGCUCCUAGUAUCGAACUGACAGAUGUCGACACAACACUCGACAUCAUGAGUCUGCGUGAGAAAUACUUCGACGAUCCUGCAGCGUUAGGCAGACACUUGAAAAUGAGAACGGAUCUGGUCAAGCAGCACGCUCCUUACAUGCUUCCAAAUACCAACAUCAUCUCUCAUUCCAUGUACACGCAGUCGGCAUUCCGAUUUGGCAAAUACUACGGACACAUGGCUCUUUUCCCUAUGCUAGAGCUCCAGAAAUCAGCCAACGACAAGGUUAAGAACGAUGAUCCGUCGUGUGUAUUGUCAGACUGGCUGUUUGACUACUUUGGCGGCAAAGAGGCCAAAUACGAGUUCAAGAUCCAGCUUGGGACCGAUCCAGCUCACCAUCCUACUGAGGAUGGAAGUGUAGUGUGGGACGAGGCAACAAGUCCUUACCAAUCUCUGGGUAUUAUCACUUUCCCUAUGCAAAACAGCUUCAGUCAGGAACGACGGGUUUAUUGGGAGGACCACAUGUCGUUGGAUGCAUGGAGAGGUCUAGAUGCGCAUAGGCCUUUGGGAGGAAUCAAUCGCUUGAGGAAGGACGUCUAUCUGCACAGCAAGAACACCAGAGACAAGAUCAACGUCUCGAAAUCGGAGGAUGUGCAGAGUAUUGACGAUAUACCAAACUAG